AUGCCUUCCGUCGGAAGAGCUCUUUUGUUCGCCGCGGCGGCCAUGCCGCUGGUCAACUUCGUUGGUGCUCAACAUAUCAUCGUCGAUGGCGAGACAGUUGCUGCCACCGAGGCGACCGUUGCCCCCGCCGCCGAGGAGUUUCCCGAGGCCGACAUCCCCGAGCAGGCUGUCCAGCUGACGGACGCCGUCCUGGCCAACCUGACGCAGCUCGAGCUCGACAACAUCUCGCUCUUUGCCUUCGCCGACAGCCAGGCCGCGGCCGAGAAGCGCGCCGAGCCCAACAACAAGUGCAAGACGUUCCCCGGCGACGCGCUGUACCCCAACGAGGUCGUCUGGAAGGUCUUUGACCUCCUGACCGGCGGCGCCCUCAUCAAGACCGUACCCCUUGGCGCAGCUUGCUAUGCGGGCGAGCACUACGACGCAGAAAAGUGCCAGUACCUCCUCGACAACUGGAGCAACUCGGACACCCACGACGAGCACCCGACCUCGGUCAUGUCCCCCCUCUACCAGGGCGCGACCUGCCAGCCUCAGAACGCCGCCAACAAUGGCACCUGCGAGCUUGGAGGCUUCCCCCUGUACUCGGUCAAGGCCACCAACGUCGCCCAGAUCCAGCUCGCCGUCAACUUCGCCCGGACUCUCAACCUUCGCCUCGUCGUCCGCAACACCGGCCAUGACUUCCUAGGCAAAAACACCGGCGCCGGGUCCUUGUCCAUCUGGACGCACAACCUCAAGGGCGUCAAGUUCGUCAAGAACUACAAGUCCGCCGGCGGCUACGAGGGCCCCGCCUUCAAGCUCGGCGCCGGCAUCCAGGUCUCGGAGCUGUACGAGGCCGCCGACAGGGAGGGCUACACGGCCAUCGGAGGCGAGUGCCGCAGUGUCGGCGUCACUGGCGGCUACCUCGCCGGCGGAGGCCACUCCCCUCUGAGCCCCGUCGCCGGCCUCGGGUCCGACUCGAUCCUGAGCGUGAGCAUCGUCACCCCCGACGGCCGCCACAUCACGGCCGACGACAAGACCAACAGCGACAUCUUCUGGGCUGUCCGCGGCGGCGGAGGUGCCACCUGGGGCGUCGUCACGUCCAUGACCGUCAGAGUGUAUCCCAAGACCAAGUUCGCCGGCCUGACCUGGUCCGUCAACACGGCCGAGAAGAACAUCUCGUCCGCCACCUUCUGGUCCGCCAUGGAGGCCUACUGGCGCCGCUUCCCCGACUUCUCCGCCCGCAAGACGUACGGCUACUCGACCGUCUUCCCGGCCGGCAACGGCGCGUUCCUCUGGAGCAUGCGGCCCUUCCUCGUCCCCAACGUGACGCUGACCGAGUUCAAGGCGCUCGUCGAGCCGCUCUUCGCCGAGUGGGCCGCCCUCGGCUUCGCCGUCGAGCCCGAGUACUUUGAGCACGACAAAUUUUACGCCACGUGGAAGAACCACUUCCCCCUGGAGAGCGUCGGCACCGCCGAGGUCCGCACGGCGAACCGACUCAUCCCCCGGGCCAACUGGGAGGACCCGGCGCUCCUAGACGAGACCAUCGCCACCCUCAAGGGCAUCGUCAACGACGGCUCCGCGCUGAUUCAGUACAACAUCAACGCCGCCGCCCCCGCCGACGCGACUCCGAGCGCCGCCAACCCGGCCUGGCGCGACGCCCUCAUGUUCGCCAUCAUUGGCGGCGGCUGGAGCCCGACGGCGACGCGCGACGAGCUCAAGGCCGUCAACCUGCGCAUCACACAGGACUGGAUGGGCCGUCUGCGCGCCAUCACCCCGGGCGGCGGCGGCUACGGCAACGAAGGGGACGUCAUGGAGCCCGACUUUGGCCAGGCCUUCUUCGGCUCCAACUACGCCCGGCUGUACGCGCUGAAGAAGAAGAUCGACCCCUGGGGCGUCUUCUACGCGCCCACUGCUGUCGGGAGCGAGGACUGGUACAUCGCCCGCCAGGAGGACUGGCUGACUCUACAGACGGACCGUCUUUGCCGCAAGUGA